AUAACUUUUGUUGUCCUCAACCCAACCAACUAUCCGGUUGUAAAUACAUAUUAAAUUUACAAUAAAGUCAAUGCGAAAAUUCGCAAUAUUUGUAAAAGUGAGUCAUACCCUACCAUGGCUUACUUUUAUCAAGCCUUAUCAGAUAUCAGUUAGAUUUCGUUAGUAUUGCGAAUCGCGCGUAUCUCUAAUUACAAAACUACAAUGAUUUCAUCUACGUUUUCUACAUUACCUGAGUGAUUACUAACUUGCGUCCUACACCUUUUGAAUGAGUAAUGCAAGGUCCCAGUGAACAUUAGUGCUUUGAAAUAUGGCUCGAAAUAAUUUGGUGCUGAAAAUUGUUUUGGAUUUCAUAGCUUUGGUAAUUGUCGCAUUCCCGCUGUUGGCCCUUCAGCUAUGGGCAUCACCGUACGAGCGGGGCUACUUCGCUGACGAUCCUUCUCUACGAUUACCGUACAAGACGCAGACGGUGUCCGAGGGCCUGCUGGCGGGCCUGGGAUUCGCACUGCUUGUUGUUACAAUAAUAAUCGUCGAAAUAUCACGAGAUGUGCGCGGUAAGUCAGGGGGCGCACGUUCCCUGGGUAACUGCGAGGUCCCUGCCUGGGUCUGGGAGAGCUAUGUGGCCAUAGGCGUGUUUACCUUUGGUGCAGCCUGCCAGCAGCUGGCUGUGAAUAUCGCGAAGUACGUGAUUGGCAGGCUUAGACCGCACUUCUUUGAUCUCUGCAAGCCAGUGCCCAUAAACACAUCCACAGCCGACUCCUUCAUAACGAACUUCAGGUGUACGGGCGCGGCCGCAACCGCCAGCACUAUGAAGGACAUGCGAUUGUCCUUCCCUAGCGCUCAUUCGGGAUUCGCUAUGUAUUGCGCUGUUUUCUUCAUUUUCUACAUCCAAGUGAAAGCAAAAUGGCGCGGUUCCAAACUGCUGCGUCACGUUGCCCAGUUCGGCGUGCUGAUAGCGGCGUGGUACGUGGGGCUCUCGCGGGUGGUGGACCACAUGCACCACUGGAGCGACGUGGCCGUGGGCUUCGCGGUUGGCGCCGCGUUUGCUGUACUGACUUUCAUCUACGUGUAUGCGCCGGUUAAACGCAUCCGAAGAGAGUCCUGGAUCACAGAACCCUCUACACAACCUGAGAUGUUACCUCGACCUGUACUUAUGGCACAUAGUAAUUAAAAUAUUUACCUAACUAUAAAGUUCUGUAGAGAAUGAGAAAGAUAAAGAAUUUAGUUAAGAUACAUUUAUUUAUUUAUGUUUGACUUAAUAAAGUAGUAGAGUAUAUAAUAUGUAUAAAUAUAGUUUAUGUAUUGGACUUAAUGAAAUAGUAUAAGUAGUAUAAAUAUAGUUUAUAGUUAUUUAUAUGUAUGUAUAUUGUGUGUAGUAUAGAUAAAUAGUAACAUGAUCAAAACUUGACUAUUCAACACAUAAACACUAAAUAUAGAAACCAUGACAUACUAGAUCUCAGUCCAUUUACGAUUAUAGCAUUUUUGUACUUACCAAGACCAUAUUUAAAACAAAACUACAUUUUAUUGAACAUUCCCAUUUGUGCAUAUUUGUUAGAUACCAAGAAACUUACGAAAAAUACAAGUUAAAAAGUUGUAUAAACUGUUAUAUAAAUUAAUUAUCGUAGUUAUUAUAAAGAUGAGAUUUAUGUUUAUAAAAAGAAGGAAUAAAUUAUUUUAAUACGAA